CUCCAUAUCAGGUUGGAAAAGGAUCCCAAGACGGAUCCCGCAAGUGACAGCUUUCUGUCUGACCUGGAUAAUUUCCUGUCACUAGAUCAGGUAGAUGAUUAUGAUGACAAUGAAAAGGGGGGAGGGACGAAGGAAGCAGAUGAGGAUGUUUCUGCACAAACCAAGGACGGAAAUGACCCAGAUUUAACACAAUAUUCAUUAGAAAGUGAAAAUGAUGAAGUGUCAGUAGAAGCAGUGUUUGAUGGCAAAGCUGCUAAACAUGAGGAGGAUACAACUGAAACAGGAAUACUCAACCCAGGCGUAGCACCAACUAAUACAGCAGGGGACCAAAUACCAAUGCAACAAAAUCAAGGGAAUAACAUGAAUUCCAGAAAUGGAGAAGAGACAGUUCAGGCAACUGACGAUGGACUCCACCUCACCUUUGAAGCUGAAGAGCUCAAUAGUUCCCAUCUUGAGGCCUUAUCUGACAGUGUGGCAAGAAAAACUGAGGAAACUGAAAUGAUUGAAAUGAACACACACAUUAUCUCUGCUGCGACUCGAGUAGAACAAGCAGUAGAGCUGAGGACUGACACAGCCCUCGAUCAGCUUAGCCUCAAGGAGGCUGGCAAAUCUAAACACACACUGAGAUACUCUGAAAGACAAUCUGAGGAAAAUAAAAUAAGUUUGACCUCUCAUGAUAUACAUACUGGAAUAGUGGAUGGGUAUCCUAAUGUGGAUACCAUAGACCAACCCUCUGGUCCUCCACCAAUGCCAGGGAGCCCCGAACGCAGUGGUGAUAAUAUAGACGUUGUACAUUUAGACCCUUUUAAGAUAGGUGCAGUGCCUGAUGAGAACACCCCAGAAGAAGAUGAGGAGGAGGCAAAGGCAGAGGAAGCAGACAAUUCUUUAGCUUCCUCUGUGACACAAUCGCUGGGAUAUGGUGCACAGCGGGGAACUGAUGAAGCCAAGCUAGGACAGGAUAAAGAGGGAACAGAAAGAGUUGAAACAAAAACUAAAGUGCUAGUAGCAGGAGUAAACAGUGAAGAGGAUACUUUGUCCAACACCAGUGACCUUUCACUUGAACAAAGUAGAGAGGAAAGUCCAAUCGAGACAGAUUUGAGAAACACAUUGUCACUAAAUGUUAAUAGUGACAUUGAUGAUGUGUCAGAUAGUAUUAGCAUGUUGAUUACAGAUGAUGAAUCAGAGGGAGCUAAUCUUGAUGAGGUCAAAGCUCUCCAGAUCAGGUUGAAGAAGGAUCCCAAGACGGAUCCCUCAAGUGACAGUUUUCUGUCUAAACUGGAUAAUGUCCUGUCACAAGAUCAGGAAGAUGAUUAUGAUGACAAUGAAAAGGGUGGAGAGACGAUGGAGGCAGAUGAGAACGUUUCUAAACAAACCAAGGAGGGAAAUGAUCCAGAUUUAAGGCAAUAUUCAUUAGAAACCGAUGAAGGAUCAGUAAAAGCAGUAUUUAAUGGCAAUGGUGGUAAACAUGAGGAGGAUAAAACUGAAACAGGAACCCUCAACCCAGGCGUAGUACCAGCUAAUUCAGCAGGGGAACAAAUAUUUGCUUCAACACAGUUUCAUGACACAAGUUUGACCUCUCAUGAUAUACAUACUGGAAAAGUCGAUGGGUUUACUAAAAUGGAUACCAUAGAACAACCCUCUGGUCCUCCACCAAUGGCAGGGAGUCGUGAACGCAGUUGUGAUAAUAAAGACGGUGAACAUUUAGACAAUUUUAAGAUAGGUGCAGUGCUUGAUGAAGAACAACCUGUAACAGAAGCUCAGACAGCUGAUGGGGGCGAUGACCUUGAUAGCGACAAUUUUCACGAAAGUGUUGAGCCGUUGGUUUCUCUAUUUGAGAUUGCGAAAAAUCCCAAAUCGACAACUGUGGAAAACACUAUUAGUGACACUGUGUUAAAAAUUGAGGGAAAGGAAAUGCAAGAGAGAGAUGAAGACACUGAAAUAGUGGAGAAAUUGCAAAUGGAAAAUACGGAGAGCCUGCAUCUAGCUAUUAAGAAUCAUUCGAGUUGGAUCAGAGAUAAUGAGAGCAAAGUGCGAGCCACAGAAAGUAUGAAACAGGACCAGAUUAUCAUGGAUGAACUUUACAGAGAAGAGGAGUCAGAUUAUGGUCCCACAAACGAAUUUCAACCAGAUAAUAUUGACCAACUGUAUUCAGGUGUGGCCACCUUUCCUGAGCCUUCAAUAAAUGAGAUGACCGAAUCUAAUCAUCAAAGCGUUAUCACAGAUCAGGUCACAACAAUUGUAGAGGAAGGCGAAAAUGUGAACUCUGAUAAUUAUGAUGUAAGCAUAACUGAACAAUCUGAUAGCAUUGUUGCAAACAGUGAUGACAUUAGUAUGAUUUCAGCCUCACACAAUGAUGCAGUUUCUUCAGUGCAGGCUGUUGUUGUUGAUUCUUUGAAACCUGACUUUCCCGUUGAAGAUAAAGAUACAGUUAGGCCUGAAAGUGUUGGUGGGGCUUUUGGUAUGUUCAAAAAUGCUUUUAGUUACUUCAGUCCAACCCCCAGUGCUGAAAACCAUAAUUUGAAGCCAAUUCCUGACAGCAGUGGCAUAGGGAAGACAUUCAGGCCAGAGGGUUCUUUGACAUCUGAACAAGUUACACAUUUUAUCGCGGAUACAACUCUCGGAAAAGGAGUUGUACCCAACAUCCCUGUCUCCUCCAACACAUUACAGCCUCCGCUCCAGGAACACUCUCAACAUCCAGCCCCAGAAGUACCAAUUAAAGAAGGCACAGCGACAGCUCCGACAAAACCCAAGGCCCUCCAAGGCUAUUUCAGCGUCGAGGAGACCGCCCUUUUAACUGAGCUCUUCGGUCGACACAAACUGCAGUGGGUGGAUUUUAUCCUCAGAAAUCCUGAGAGCACUGGUGAAGACAUGGAUAAUGACCGGUCUCUUCUCCUUGAUAUGGAAAGUCUCUUGCUCUACCAAGUUGGCAAACUGGCACAAAGGCAAGACAAUACAGAACAAACUGGAGAGCUCACUGGCCUGAAGAAACUUCAAAUACUGUUGGCCAGAGUUAAAGAAAUUCUCAACAUUGGCCAAUCAGAGGUUGUUAACACAGACAAUGAAGAUGAUGCCAGCUGCAUCAGCACACCUUGUCUCUCGACAGAAAAUGAUAAACAGACUGCCAUGGGAAAGCCAAGAAAGACAAGAGGAUCAACAGAAAGUGUAUCAGAAAAGACCCCAACACACCCAGGGGUAAUAAGGCAGUUGAUGGAUUUUGUUCACCAUUCCACAAAAGAUGUAAUUCUCCAGCUCCUGGCGGUGAGUGAGCUGCUCAGAACGCUCAUUGUGCAGGUGGUGUUGGUGCUGCCCGACGACAUCAGACCUGGACCUGACCUAUAUGGAGUGCCAUGGGAACCAGUCAUCAUCACCAGCCUGGUGGGGCUGGUCACUAUAUGGAUGUUCAGCUGUCGAUUUUGUAAUUCUGUCAAAAGCAGAAUGUAUCGAGGUAAAGAGAGGCGUGUGGCAAUGCACAUAGCAGACCUGCUGAAUGACAAGUGUAAAGUCCUGGAGGCUGUCAGCAAGGUCCAGACAGAGUAUGAUGAGUUGGAGGGUGUGCUGAGGGACAGUGGUGUCUUGGCCCAAACUGAAAAAGCAGAACAGCUGGAGCUCCAGUUCAGCCAAUUGGAGAGUUCAAAUCAGGACUUGGAGAGGGAUUUGGAGUUUCUGAAAGAACAACUGAAAAUACAUGGAGAGCAUCGGGUACAGCAAGAGAGAACGAUAGCCGAGCUGGAGGAAAGCAUUAAAGCCAGUGAAAAAGAAACCAAGGAACUCCAGGCCCAAGAAGAAGAGGCUGUGACGACUCUGAAGAUCUACAACAUGAACAGUGAGCGUCUCCAGAGGAACCUGGAGUCAGCCGAAGAGGAGAACAUACUGCUCCAAGAGAGCAACACGCAGUUGAGUGAGCAGAUGGAGGGCUGGGUGGAGCGCGUGAGUGAGCUGGAGGACGAGAUGAGGAGGUGUGAGGCCGCCCACACAGGGAUGCAGCAGGACGUAGACACCAAGGACCAUCGCAUCAAGUACCUGACAGAUCGUCUGCUGAGCAUGAAGGCGUUGGACUCUGACCUGGAGCAGGACGACGAAGGAGAGAGAGACGAGUCCAACGGGGAUGAGAAGGAGAAGCACCUUCAGAAAGUCCAGAAGCUAAUUUAUGCUGCAAAGUUGAAUGCAGACCUCAAAUCGAUGGAUGAAGAUAAGGACAGAACGUUUGCCAAGCUGAACGAUGAAAUCCAAGCUAAAGAAGAACUCCAACAGGGCAUCAAGGGGCUAGAGGAGGAGCGGACCACACUGCAGACACAGGCGGAGCAUUACACCGAGCAGGUCCAACGGCUGCAGCAGAAACUGCUGAUCAUGACAGAGAUGUACCAAGAGAACGAGCUGAAACUGCACAGACUGUUAACGGUGGAAGAGAAGGAGCGCCUGCAGAAGGAGGAGAAGCUGAACAAAGCAGAUAAGAAUAUAUCUUUGGCCAUGGAGGAACUAGACAACUACAGGCAGCAGGCUGAGAACAUGGAGGAAGAGCUGGGAAAGACCAAGCAGUCGUACCAGACUCAGAUCUCCUCUCACGAGAAGAAGGCUCACAAUAACUGGUUGGCAGCGCGUUCCGCAGAGCGAGACCUGGCCGACAUCCGGAGAGAGAACACUCUGCUCCGACAGAAGCUGACAGAUACGCAGUUUAAACUGGACAGCAUCGACAAGGACCCCUAUGCUUUGGACAGCCUGGCUAGACCACUGCCUUUCAGAGGUGAGCGAUCCCCUUACGGCCCCUCCCCACUGGGUCGCCCUGCCUCAGAGACCAGGCCCUUCCUGUCUCCCCCAACUCUGAUGGAAGGACCCUGUUCCAGAUUGUCUCCCAGAGUGCCUCGUGUCCCACUAGAGCCCCCUGGUGGUGGGAGGGAGCUUAUGGAGCGGAGCGGUGGUCCGCAUUCUGAUGGCUCCAACUCUCCCACAUGGGAGAGGGACCGCCGGGGCCCUCCCCCGCCUCCCGGGCACCUCGGACCUCCAGGAUACAUGUUCCCAGAUCCCGGGCCCCCCAUGUACCGGAGACCCCCGCCCAUGGGCCUCCCACCCCCCCAUCUCCUGCACUCCGGACCACCCGGACCCAUGCCGCUAGGGCCCCCCAGGGGCCACCCAGCCGCACUUGGACCCUCGGGACCCCCCAUGCCCAUGGACAAUCAGCCCCGUCUUGCUGAGCUGAGGCCUGAGGUCGAGGGCCGCAUGGGGGGAGACGCCGGCCCUCCCGGACCUCCUGGACCUCCCUUCCCUCGCCGGGGCCCCCAUGGGCCUCUGCCCCAUGAUUUCUACCCACCACUUUCCAGGGGGCCGGAUGGCGGUCCCAGGAUGCCGAUGUGGCGCCCUCCUCCACACCCAGGGGCCAUGUUCCCGCCGUCUCGGAUGCUGCCCCCAGGCGGCCCUCCUCCUCUCCUUCGUAACCAGCCGUCCCCCUAUCCCUCUGGGGUGCGCCCUCCCUUUCCCCCAGCCUCCGCUGCCCAUCUACCUCCUCUCUCCAUGGACCCCCGGGUCAGCCCCCCAGAACAGACGCCCACACCGCCAGCGCCGAGCGGGCAGGCUCCCUCGCCGCACCAGCUCCUCUGAGCCUCUGAAGGGCUGCCCCUCCUUGUUCCUUUAGGGGAGUUUCAUUCUGGUUUGGUACGACAUUUUAAAGGAGACUGAGAAUCCUGGAUGCUCUUCCCUCUUUGGGUUUGAUACGUCUUCACUUUAAUGAUUGUUCUGAGCAGCAACAUGAUAAACCUGCUUCAUCUCACAUUUACUCAUCCUUCCUGCUUCACGUGUUCUCCUCUCCGCUCCUUCCUCUCUGUCUUCGCUGCUGGUGUUUGCGGUGAACAGGUGUUUCCCGUCUGUCGUCGCCAUGGUGAUGGUGUCUGGUAGACCUCUGCGGGCUGUUUUUCCGUUUCCUGUGUGAGACUUACGCAGCAGGAACAACAUGUGAGCACAUAUACACGCUCUGUCUGUUUUUGAGCUGACGGUCAAAAGACAAACACUGAUUAUCAACCGAAACAACCAGCCUCGCCACCUUAAUUCUUUGUCAGAUCCCUCCGGACGACCGUUUGUAUAGGGGAAUAUGGUGUAUGGUUGAACAGUAUUGGAGAAGAAUGGCAAGCUGUAAUCUGCCCAUGUCAGUCCUCUUGGUUUCACCUGAACAAAAAUGAGAAUAUAGUUUUCUGUAGAUAAUCUUUACUCAAUUGUAAAUAUCAUGUGACCUCUGGAUAUCGGAUUGUAUCACUGGUCCGUUAAAGACUGAGUGAGGACUAAAUUAUGCUAGAAUGUGAAUGAAAAUGAAACAAAUUGUUACCUUUUAAAUUCAGCGAUUAGUUGACUGACUUAAUAGAAUGGUCAUUUGAAAUGGAGGGCAACAGGAGGAAAAUGUUGUGCGCUAUGUGCCGUCCGUGGUGAUACAUAUUGGAUCAGUGACUGGAAGAGCAGCCUUUUGAAGGGCCAGAGGUUACAAUGAUGGAAUUUGUAUUGUAAAGAGAAAGAUGUAAUAAACAUUGCUUGUGAAAUCA